GGUAAGCGAAGUUUCACGGAACUUUCUCUUUGGCUAAUUGGAUUAUUAUAUAUCAGUUUUAAAAUAAUGGCAAGUAAAGCAUCGGAACAAAGAAAUGUGAGUAAAGCUGAGACGAAUAAUGUUGCUGAUGGCUCGUCAGUUAAUGAUUCUUGUUCAUUUGUUGAAAGCAGUUUAUCAAAGCAUGCAACUGAAAAUAAGUUGUUAUUUUAUGAAACUUUAUGUAAAACAAAUAAUAGUAAUUUAAAAAAGCAGUAUCUUAUUUUAAUGAACAAACUCGAAACUGGAAAAUCCUCCAUAAUAGAAGUUUUUAAUCAUGUUUCAAAUCUUUUGGUUGAUGAACCAAAAUUAAUAGAUCUUUUUGCUGUCCUUAUUUUAACAGAACAGGAAGCUUGCACUGUUGGAAAGUUGGGCAAAUGGCUUUACUAUCAAGCUGCAACCAAGUUUUUUAACAGUUGCAAGGAGGUUGUACGGACAGAAAAAUUAUUCAAAGUCUUGAAGACCAUUCCAGACUUGUCACUUUGUGAUGAUGAUGAUAAAAAUGUUGCAUUCUAAGAUGAUGUCAGAAACAAACCAAACUCUCAAACAAAAUAAAAGAAAGUAAGACAAGAAGAACAAAGGAAGUAUUUUUAUCAAAACGGCUAUUUUCAUAGCCACAAAUCCUAAUACAAACAUUAUGAUAUUAGAACAUUUAACUAGUUGAGCAGAAAAAGAAUACCAAAAAUGCAUGUAAAAAAAUUAUAAGAUUUUAAAAUUUUCCUUAGUUUAUCUUAAAUAUUAUUUUAUUGUUUACAAGAUUUUUUACCAACUCAAAUAUGAAACUAGUCAAAAUUUGCAAUUAAUUGUUGGUUGUAAAUAAAAAAGUUAUUAUGUUUAAAUUUAGUGAAUUAUUUAACAUGUUUUACUUUUUAAGUUUAAAAACUCUCCUAUUGUUAUUUUGUAUGUUUAUUUUUAUUUUAGUUUAUAAUAACAUAUAUUACUAACUUUAAGUUGUCAGAAGGGUCAAACAGUAAUUUAUAUAUUUUUUAAAAUUAUGGACAUUAUUGUUUGCAUGAGUGAGCUGUUCAAAAGACACCGUAAUUUGCUUGAUGCAAACUGUAAACACCAUGACAAAAAGAAAAAAUCAUUUAAAAAAAUCUACUAAUUUCUUUAAUAGAGGUUUCUCUGUGACAAGAAGCUUUUUUAGGUAGCUCAUUAUAAAGGUUUCACAAUAUCAAUUUUAACUUUUUUUACAAUAAUUUAUAAAAAUACAAUAAUCACCUACUUAGAAAAUGUAUUCAAUAAUUAUAAUUAAUUUAUUGUAAUAAUUAUAUAAAUAGUAAUUGAUGUUGAAAAAACUUUAUAAUGACAACAUCAACAAGACGAUUAAACAGAAUGGUGAGGUUAUGCUUUAUAUUUUGAUUGAAUAAAAUUCCAAAUAUUUAUAACUUUGAUCAUAUCCUUCUAUUUGUUAUUUUAGAUCAAUUGACAUACGAUAUGUAUAAAAAAUAUUGCUCCCAACACCCAGGGCCUCUCUUAGAAAGGUUUUUUAAUAAGUGGUGUUCUGUAAAUAAGUGGAUGAGUCCUCCUUCCAAUGGAGGGCUCAUCUGUACCGGUGUGUUCGGAGACACCAAAAAUCAAACAGCAAUAAAAGAGUUAUAAAUAAUUUCUAUCAGUUAUUAUAUUUAUAACUUUUUUGCUGCUGUCUUUUUUUUGGUUUUUUUUUAAUAUAUUAUAAUUUUUUUUUCAAGUUAGUAGUUUACUUUUUUUUUUUUGAUGAUAUAUUUGUUGUAUAUUUGAUUUUUUUUCUUCUUUAUUAAUUAAAAUCAAAACUAAAUUAAACCUAAAAUACAAUUAAAUCAUCCAAAUAAUCAUAGUAUAAUGAUGCUACAUUCAAUUGUUAAAAGUGAUAUAUUGCAGUUGCUGCUUUUAAAAUUUACUAUAAGCUAAGAAUAUAUUUAGCUUUAUAAGUGCAAUUAAUUUAUAUCAAUUUAAUUUUUAUCUUAAAUGUUUAUAGUUAAGCUUCUUAAAGCAUUUUAUUUUGCUCUUAAUUGAAAUAUUUUAAAUAUAUUGCGAUGUCUUCUAAAUAAAACCAUAGUCAAUAGGAGUAAUACUGGUCGGGAAAUCUUGCGUAAUUGAAGCUGAUUUUGAGCGAAACUUAAACACUAAAAAAUAGCAGUCACGAGAUCAAAGUAAGUGGAAAUUUUAAUUUAAAAUUGCUGAAAGUGAUUUAUAUUUUUGUACUGAAGAUUUAGAUUUUAUGUUUUUGGACAUUGAUCAGGAUCUUUUGAAUAAUGAAAUAGAAGUAGAUCUAAAUGAAGCAUUAGACGAGGCAAGUAAAACUUUAUAUUUUAUAUUUAUACAUUGUACAUAUUUUAGUGUAAUUAUGGUUUAUUCACACUGGACUGAUCAAGUCAGCAGCUUGUACAUGUGUGUAAAUAAAUCAGUAAAUUUAUUUAUUUUUUUAGCACGCUAAUUUUUUUGUAGUUAUAAUUUAUUUUUAUUUUUUAAAAUUUACAUGUAAUGGUUAUUCUUAGGUGACAACAUCUGCUGCAUUCUCAUGUCAAAAGUGCAAAAAGACAAAGGGUGGGUUAACAAGACAUAUCCGAACAAAACAUUCUGAUGGUAAGCCUGAUACUGUUGAAGCAGAGAAAAUUUCUUAUCAGUUAAGACUAUAAGUUAAUGAAGUUAGACUAUAAGUUAAUGAAGUUAUAAAUACUUUGCUAAGUGAAAAAUACUACCAAGACAUAACAUUAAAUAAAAUAUCUCUAAAAUAUUAAACGAUCUGUUAUACCAACAGUGCAACAAAUUUACAAAAUGUUAGUGAAGACAGGAAAUGGUGAAAGUUUUUACAUGAAAACAUAUUCUUCACUUGUAUUGAGUCUGAUAAAUAUUUUAUUGAUCUUGAAAAAUCUUAAAGUACGCUAAUAUCCAACAGCGUUAACAGAUUAAAUUUUGUAUUACUACAAAAUAUCUUUUUUAGAGAAUAAAUCAAUUGAACUGAAACCUAUAUCUGCAAAAGAAUUAGAUGGUCUUUAAUUAGUGCCAGCAAAUAUUUAUUCUAACAGAAAUAAAAUUUCGGUCCGAAACUCUAAAUUCAAUGCUAAGAAAAGUUGAUAUUGCAAAUAUGGCAUCUGAGCUAAUCACAAAUACAACUGUGCAAAAUUUUUAUAAUGAUAUUGUUGAGAACUCCUGCCAAUUUGAAAUUGAUAAAAAAGUUUAAACAAAUCUUUAAGAGAGUAUGGUGAAAUUAUACUUAAGAGUAAGAUCAUUUUCGAUGACUAAAGAUGUUGUUCAAAGACAAAAAGCUAUGUUGAAAAAAACUAAAUCAAAAGGUGGGCUUCGAUCAAACAUUAAAAAAAGGUCUGAUAAGUCUACAAUAAAGAAAUAGUGAGCAGGGGUGGGUAUAGGAUACAGGUGAGCCAACACCUCUGGCACAGUGUCAGCUUACCUGUAAGUUGCCUUAUGUAUAUAUGUGUUCUGUGUAAACCUCUGGCGUGGUGUUAAUUCACUCGUAAGUCGAUUUUUUUUUAUGUUUGUUCUGUGUAGACCUCUGGCAUGGUGUUCGCUCACUUGUAAGUCGCUUUAUAUUUGCUAUGUUAUUGUUGUGUUAUCAUUUUUAUGUUUUUGUUGUGUUUGUUUUGUUUGAGCCCAGAUGCAGUGUUGCUAUAUCAUAAGUUAUUUUAUGUUUGUUUGUGUUCUGUAUUAAUCUCUCGCACCGUGUUGGCUCAUCCGUAAGUUGUUAUAUGUAUAUUUCCUUUGUUAUUGUUGUGUGUAAUCAUUGUUAUGUUAUUGUUGUGCUGUUUUGUGUUGAUAGACAACUUGGCUACCUUCUCGUUGGUGUCUAUUGUUAAUAAUGAUUAUUAGGUAGUUUCGUUACUGAAACUCCACUUUUAAUCAUUAACUAAAAGCCAAGAAUCAAGUUUUAUAAAUAAAAUGUAUAUUUUGAUGUUUUCAUUUUUUAUUUUUAGUGCUGUUAAUACUUCACAACAGCAUUCUUACGAGUUCGGUUUAUUAUUUAUUAUUCAUUUAGCGAGUAUUUUAAUUUUUUUAACACGAAUUAAAAAAAAUAUUUAUAUGCAA